AUGACCUGGACUACCGAAGAAUGGGCUGAUCACUUUGCCCGCGUCAGAUUCCACGAGUGGAAGGAAGACGAGAAACUGAAACUCGAAGAAUUUGAGGACAAGCACAUUAAGCUUGCUCUCAAUCAGUCCAACCGCAACGUGAAAUCGAACGACAAAGACAAAGACAAGGACAAAACAGCCAGUCUGAGUCUCCGCGGUACCGGGACUACUAGUAGUGCUACUAGUAGUGCUACUAAUGCUGAAAUCCUAUUUCGUAAGGGGUAA